UCCAUGUCCCACAAAAUGUAACGCAAACGCUCCCCUGAAUUCGAAAAACACAGAAGAGCGCGAAAAUGACCCCUCACCACUCUCUCGAAUUUCGUCUUCUUCUUGUGUUUCCCCAUUUUCAGCAACUCUCUGAGAUUCCCUGUUUUGAAUCACUUUCCUGCUCCUGAAACUAGGCCUGCUCUACUGUUUUUUGGAAUUUUUAUUUACAUUUUCAAAAUUAUUCACAUUCCACAUUUUCAAAUUUCUGUUUUUUGGGUUUCGGAUAUUAUAUUUAAAAAAAUUUAAAUAUAUUAAAUUAAUAUAUUUUGAAUUCUUCCCAGUUCAAAAUUUUCAACACCCAUUUCGAUGUACUUGUUGUACUACGUCUGCUGAGGAAUGAGUUAAGGAGUAUUUUCUCUCUCCUCAACCCUCCCUUCUAUCGAGCUUCUAGCUCGUCAACAAUGGUGUUUAUUGAAGGAUUGAUCCAAUAACAAAGUAGGGUUGUUGUGGAGGCUCCAGUGGUCUAUUGACCUAUGAAUGGCUCAGAUUGCUAGCACAUAGUGUGCUUAGAGGUGCAUUGUGUUCCCUUGGAAUUGGUUUCUUUUUUAUCUUUCAGCUUUGCAUAAUCUGAGUUUCGAAAAAGAGACAAGUAAAGAUGAUGAAGAGAAGAACUGAGCUGAAAUCAAAGGGUCCUAGAAAGGUAGUUAAUCCACAACAUGUUGUGUAUGAACUUAAGCAUCGAGCUGUUCUUGCUAUAAAUAAGAUUGCGGAUCGUGACACAUACCAAAUUGGAGUCCAGGAGUUGGAAAAAACAGCUGAAAGUUUGAACCCAGAUGGAAUUGUGCCAUUUUUGGCUUGCAUUUCAGAUUCUGAUGCCGAGCAGAAAAGUGCAGUUCGCAAGGAAUGUGUUAGGAUGAUGGGUGUUUUGGUGAAAAUGCAUGGGGAUCUUAUAGGUCCACACUUGGGAAGGAUGGUUGUUUCAAUCGUAAAACGGCUCAAGGAUCAGGAUUCUGUUGUCAGGGAUACAUGUGUGGAGACAAUGGGUGUUUUUGCAUCAGAAUUUGGAAAUCGUCAAGUUGAAACAGAUGGUGUCUUUGUCUUGCUAGUGAGGCCCUUGUUUGAGGCCUUGGGUGAUCAGAAUAGACAGAUUCAGGCAGGUGCUGCAAUGUGCCUUGCCAGGGUCAUUGAGAACAUGAAUGAUCCUCCAGUGUCAAUCUUGCAAAAGAUGUUGGCUCGCACCAUGAAAUUGCUCAAGAAUGCACACUUUAAGGCUAAACCGGCAGUUAUAGAACUGAACAAAAGUCUUAUUCAGGCGGGAGGUGCUCUAUCACAUAGUGCUUUAUCAACUGCAAUUUGCAGCAUACAAGAUGCUCUAAAAGAUAGUGAUUGGACAACUCGUAAGGCCGCGUCAUCAGCACUGGGAGAGAUCGCUUCAAGUGGGGGACCCUUCUUGGUACCUUUCAAGGCUUCUUGCAGUCAGGCACUUGAGUCAUGCCGCUUUGAUAAGGUGAAACCAGUCAGGGAUACAGUAUUGCAGGCCCUUCAUUGCUGGAAAAGUAUUGAAAGGAAGAAUGUGCCUGAACCUUCAGAUAGUUUUGCUGGAGAUGACUACAGUGAUCUGGUUAGUGGUGGUAGCUCUAUGUGGAAAGAUAUCUCUCAUACAGAAAAGACCAAUAUUGUCAGGAAUAAAGCUUCCAUAUCAAGAAGAAAAGGAAGUCCUAAUUUUGCUGAGAUUUCUAGCAAGCCUAGUAACAGUGAGUGGCAUGUCGAUGUGGCUGUUCCAAAGAUGCACUCUGGUAAUCCAAUGUAUCUUCACAAUGACGAAUCUGAAAGCAGCUCUGCUUGCAAGACACAAGAAACGGUGACAGCUGAUGUCAUAAGCAUGCAAGGCGUUGGGCAUGAGUAUGAUUUGAUUGACGACAAGCAAGAGUAUUCAUCUGCAUCCAACCGUAUUUCAGAUAAUUUUACUAACAAGUUCAUGUCAGACUUUCAUUUCGAUUCUCAUAAAGGUGAUAUCAUGAAGUCAGCAUUAGGAGAUAAAAGAUUUGUAGUGAGAAAAAAUGAUGUUGAAACUGAAAAGAAAUCAUACACAUCAAAGGUGGAAGAUCGUAGAAGUCUUGAUUCUACUGUAACUGAAGUUGAGGAGUGCAGUUCUGCGCGUGUUUAUGGUUCCCAGACAGAAAACGAGAUUAGUUCCAUCCAGAAACAGCUUAUGGAAAUAGAAAAGAAGCAGUCAUGCUUGAUGGAUAUCUUACAGGGAUUCACAACGAGCACCAUGGAGACCUUGUCUAUCAUACAGUUGAAAGUUUCAAGUCUGGAACAUGCUGUUGACAGAAUAGUGCAUGACCUUGUUCAUGGAGGCAAACAUAGUGAUCUCACAAACAUGAGAUCUGUUGAAAAAUGCCAGAGUGUUGCUUCUCCUGGAAUGUCCAACACUUCCCCUCUUAGGCCAUCAAUAGACACACAGGACAGAACUCCUGCACAAUAUUCAAUAAACAAAGAAAGUUGGGAGGGAAAAGCAGUAGGAACAAAGAACAAAAGUAAUUCUAUUAGCUCACAUCAGGAGACUCAGGACUCUCGAAGACGGCCAUUGUCGAUGGUGAAUAGAAAUUGUAUUAGAGAUGGACCUGAAAAAAGUAGUCGGACAAAUCUGCAAAAUAUGACCUACCAUCAAAGCAGAAAAUGUGAUGUCAUCUCUUCAACUUCUCGUGGUUAUGCUCGGCAGAAGGAAAGAGUGGAUAAGAAUGAUAUCUGGAACUAUGUUAAGGGGCUUUUAUGCGAAGGGGACCUUGAUUCUGCCUACAGAGAAGCACUCUAUUCAGGUGACCAGCUACUUCUGAUUGAGCUCAUUGAUGGAACUGGUCCUGUGCUGGAUUGUUUAUCCAACGAAACCAUCAGCCAUCUCUUUACUGCUUUAGCAAUAUGUGUCUUGGAACACAGAGUCGUUGAAUCAGUAAUUCCUUGGUUGCAGCAGAUAGUAGAUCUGAGCGCAAUACAUGGACCAAAUUAUGUUCCUCUUUCUCUGAAAGUGAGGAGAGAUAUUCUAUCAGCAGUACAGGAAGCAUUGGAUGUAGAAGUUACUCAUCCUACAAAGAGACGAUUGGUUGCCCAACUGGCUAUGAAAUUACAACAGAUCUGGGGAAAAAUGUCCAUCAAUGUCGGCUAAGGUGAUGUUCUAAUGACUCUGGAGUAGUUUGUUUCGUGUAGGACUUGAAAGUAGAUCCUUAUCUUUGCCAUUACAAGCUUAGAUGUAAAUGCUGCUAGCAGAAUAGUUGUAUAUCUUGCAUGAAUGUUAUCAGGGAGUUUUUUGUGCUUAUCCUGUAUGUUUCGUGGAAGAUUGGCCCUACUACUUUCGUAUUUGAUCCUUAACAAGCAGGGAUAAAUGAUUGUAAGACUGGAUCACAUGUAUUAAAAUUCUGACAAAGUUGUAGAACUUUACUGACUGUUAAUAAACAUGAUUGUAGAAGCUGA